AUGAAUCUAAGAGAAAGUUAUAACGACACAUUUGUUGAGUUAACAAACAUAGGAUCGGGUGGUUUCGGAACUGUACAUAAAAUUCAAAAUAAAAAUGACGACAAAAUAUAUGCAAUUAAAAUACAACAAAUUAAUGAUUUAAAUAAAUACGAAAAGUCUAAUGCAUUUAAUGAGGGAAAAAAAUUAUUAUUACUUCAAUCGGAAUAUGUUGUCAAGUAUUACGACUCAUGGCGUGAAGGGAACUGUAUUUACAUUCAAAUGGAGUUAUGUUCACAAAAUCUUCGCAAUGUUAUUAAAAUCAAACCACAAGUAUUUGGUCGACAAUUAGGAUAUCCCAUGGAUUGCGUCGAAUAUUUCAUUUCGUGUGAAAUAUUCCGUCAGAUCUUAGAAAGUGUUCAGUAUUUGCAUGAAUUGAAACCACAGAUCAUUCACAGAGACCUCAAACCCGACAAUAUUUUAAUUUCUGAAAAUGUCAAAAAUGGUAGAUUUGUUAAGUUAUGUGACUUUGGUUUGGCUACAGUUCACGACAUGAGUCUUCAAUCGGAAUAUGUUGUCCAGUAUUACGACUCAUGGCGUGAAGGGAACUGUAUUUACAUUCAAAUGGAGUUAUGUUCACAAAGUCUUCAAAAUAUUAUUGAAAACAAACCACUAGUAUUUGGUCGACAAAAAGGACAUUCCAUGGGUUGUGUCGAGUAUUUCAUUUCGUGUGAAAUAUUCCGUCAGAUAUUAGAAAGUGUUCAGUAUUUGCAUGAAUUGAAUCCACAGAUCAUUCACAGAGACCUCAAACCCGACAAUAUAUUAAUCGCUGAAAAUGUCAAAAAUGGUAGAUUUGUUAAGUUAUGUGACUUUGGUUUGGCUACAGUUCACUACAAACGCAUUCACUACAGGACUACCCAAAAACAUACGGCAGAUGUGGGACACAUUAAAUAUAUGGCACCAGAAGUAUCUCAGGGGGAGAAAUACGGACACAAAUCGGAUAUUUAUAGUUUAGCACUAAUUGGCGGUGAAUUGUUUGACGUGAAGUUAAAUGAAAUUGAUUUGGAUGAGUAUUUCCGAAAACCCGACAACAUAUUAAUCGCUGAAAAUGUCAAAAAUGGUAGAUUUGUUAAGUUAUGUGACUUUGGUUUAGCUACAGUUCACGACAAACGCAUUCACUACAGGACUACACAAAAACAUACGGCAGAUGUGGGAGACAUGAAAUAUAUGGCACCAGAAUCCAAAGACUUAUUCAACGACAUAUCACAUAGUAACCUGAAAUAA